UUCUCUCUCCACCCUAAGUUACAGGUUAACACCAACGUUAUACACACACAUCAUGACUACUUCACAAGAUUCUAAAAUUGUCAAGACCUCUUUGCCAUUGACCUUCACCGUUGUUGGUGCCGGUUUGGGUGGUGUUGCUGCGGCUAUCGGUUUGACUUUGGCCGGUCACAAGGUCACUGUUUUGGAGCAGGCUAUAGAGCUCGGUGAAGUAGGUGCUGGUAUCCAGAUUCCACCUAAUUCUUCCAUCAUCUUGGACCAGUUUGGGGUCAAGGAAGCCAUCGCAAAGGUUUCCACCCUCCCAGAAAAACUCAGAUUCUUCAAUUGGAAGGGCACCAAGACUUUGUCUACCCAAGACUUGUACCCAUACACCGUCGAGAAAUACGGUGGUGAGUACUUCCAUAUCCACCGUGCCGAUUUCCACAGAAUCUUGGUUACCAGAGCCAGAGAAUUAGGCGUGGAGAUCAUCCUUGGCUGCCACAUCGACAAGGUUGACUUUGAAACCAACACCUGCUACACCCCAGACGGCCGCUCCUUCACCUCAGAUGUGGUUAUUGCUGCAGACGGUCUUAAGUCCAAGAUUCGCUCCCUCAUAUUGAACAAAGAUGACCCAGCUCACGACACCGGUGACUUGGCCUACCGUGCUUUGAUCAAAGUGUCUGAAAUGAGAAAGUACAAGGAGCUCAAGUUCAUCUAUGAGAAGCCAAAUAUUACCUUUUUCUGGGGUCCAGAUAUCCACAUUGUCAUCUACUUGUUGCAAGGUGGGGAAACUUGCAAUGUUGUUGUCUUGUCCCCAGACACCCUACCAGCCGGAGUAAACGUACAAAACGCUUUAGACACGGAAUUGCCAGAGAUGUUCAAGGACUGGGAUCCAAGAUUAAAGUCCUUGUGGGCCUUGGUUCAUGAAACCUCCAAGUGGAGAUUGCAGAACUCCAGAGAAAUGGACACCUGGGUUCACGACACCGCUAAUAUAGCCUUGAUGGGCGAUGCCUGCCAUGCCACCUUGCCAUAUCUCGCCCAGGGUGCUGCCCAGGCCGUCGAAGAUGCUGCCUGUUUGACUGGAUUGUUUGGUCGUAUCCAGAAAAAAUCCCAGAUUCAUGCCACUUUGCAGAAAUUUGAGGAGCUCCGCAAGGCCAGAACCACCCGGGUUGUCCAGGGCUCCACCAACUGCAGGAACGUCUACCACUGUCACGACGGUCCAGAGCAGGUCAAGAGAGACGCCUUGUGCGCCCUUAACCCACCACAAGAGGGUUGUCCAAACCCCUGGGCCGACCCAGUCUUCCAAAAGUUCUUGUUUGGCUACGAUGCCUUUGCCGAGGCCGAAAGUGGCUGGGCCGAACUUACAGCUGUUUCCCCCAGUUUAUAAGCGAAGCUCCUGUCUCUGCUCAUAUUUAGCUUAUUUAUAACACCAAUAUAAUCUAAUGUAGUAUGGGAAUAAGAAAUAUAACCAUUCUAAUAGAUGGC